GGUACCAUUCGCUCAGAGUCUGGAGGCUGUAAUGAUAUUGAUGAGUGUCGUGAUGGCUCCCACAUGUGUCGUUACAACCAACUGUGUGAGAACACUGUGGGUGGGUACCGCUGUACAUGUCCGCGGGGGUACAGGACUCAAGGAGUUGGGAGACCAUGCUUGGAUAUUAAUGAGUGCCAGCAGGCAUCUAAACCAUGUGCCUAUCAAUGCCAAAAUCUGGCUGGCAGCUAUAAAUGCCUGUGCCCACCUGGGAAGCAACUUUUGGGAGAUGGGCGCUCAUGUGCAGGACUGGAGAGACUCGGGUAUAACUCAACCUUUGGAACCACAAGCGCCCAGUUCCAGCAACCUCUCACUAAUGGUCGCAUUCAUGGAA